UGCAAGAUGCUGGCAGGGAAAGGUGGCUUAUGAUCCAGCAGUAAUUUGCUCAGUUUGUUCCAUAUACACUAAUGUGAUUUUUACCUCCUCAGGAUCGGGCAGAUUUCACUAGGUCUUGAGGACACAAAUUGGUGAGCUGCACCAGCCAUUUGAUGAGGAUCGUCUGAAGUGUCCUGAUACUGGAGCUGAAGUGGUAGAGGAAUGGGUAAUGCCACAUCAUGGCCAUCAUCAGGAUUGAUCUUUCUCGCCCUCUGGUCCCUGUUCAGUUUUGUCAGCACUUGUCCCAGCAAUUGCACCUGCUCCAACACAACAUGGAAAGCCAAUCCCGAAUUUGGGGUUUACUGUGUUCACACCGAUCUAGACAGUGUACCAUUUCAUAUACCACAGCAGGUCAACAUCCUGGAUCUACAUGGCAAUGGGAUUCAAUCACUUAACGAAUGCCUUAAUAACUUAACAGAUCUAAAAUUCCUCAAUUUAAGCUUUAAUCACCUUGCCUCUUUGAAUGCCAGUGUCUUUGAUAACUUACAAAAAUUAAAAACACUUGAUAUAAGCUACAAUGUGAUCUCUGCAAUCCAGUCUAAAGCCUUCAGUGAUAUGAUCAAUAUUGAUGAUGUUAAUCUGUCUGGAAACAGAAUUCGAAGCAUCGAAAGUGAUAUUCUUUUUGGAUUACACAUGGCCAGAAUGCUGAACUUCAGCAUGAAUGAGAUAAACAACAUUUCAAAUGGAGCUUUUCAAUUUAUGAAAAAUCUCAAGAUUCUUGACUUCAGCAACAACAAGAUAAAUGUGAUUUCAAUAAAAAUGCUACAAGGUCUCAAAUCUCUGACGUCUCUUCAUCUUGAAAACAACAAGAUCCACACAAUUGAACCAGGGUCAUUCACCCACUUGGGUAGUCUGCAAGAACUUGACAUGUCGAGUAAUAAGCUAACCACCCUGGAUAAAGAUGUUUUAUCUGGACUGUCUAAUCUCACUACUCUUUCAUUGCAGGACAAUUGCAUUAAAGAUAUUGACCUUCAGUUCAUGGACAAUGCUGAAAACGUUAUUGUUCUAAGACUGAGUGGCAACUCCUUCCACAAUAUCAGCAUUCCAGUGUUUACGAUGCUUAGGAACCUGCAGGAACUCUAUCUGAGCAAUAUGCCUUGUCUUAUCACAGUCGCCUUCAACGCGUUCCAUGGAUUAUCCACCCUGUUGACCCUCGACCUCAGCCACAAUACGAACUUGUCUUUUAUCCACCCAGAUCUGUUUGACGACCUGCAGCAGCUGCUAGUACUUGAUCUCAGUCACAACAAUAUCUCUAUGCUGUCUGAACUCACAUUCCUCCACAACAAACAUCUUCAGCAGGUCUUCCUGGAAGCAAAUGUGUUCCAGUGUACCUGUGGCAUUGCGUGGCUUGCCGGAUCUUUACUUGUAAAUAUUUCAGUUUUCAAAAGUGAGAACCUAGAGUGUGCCGUUAAUGAUACAUACUCCAUUCCACUCAGUAUGUUGUCAGGCUUUGAACUGUGUCCUGCACUGAAAGAGAGCAAUGUAACAGAAACAGAGGUGGUCAUGAAGCUUGCCCAUCCUUGUAGACUAAUCUGCGAGUUUGUUCCUGAUCCAAUGACCAUGGUUGUAUGGAAAACUCCCCGCCAAGAAAUCUUUACCUACCACCCCUUUCACCCACAAGCAGCAUCACACUUGCUGAGCACUAACAUAACUGACCUACACAGCAGUUUUCAUAGAAACCAUCCAUGGCAUAACGACUCUGGAUACUAUUCUGAUCUUGAAGGAUCUUCCGAUCACAUUGUUCUGUUGUCAGAUGGAUCUCUUUAUAUCGAUUACAUUUUACGCAAGGAUGCUGGUCCAUAUGAAUGCUUAGUCCAAAACAGUCACUACAACUCAUCUCAGACCGUGACCAUCAGACUUGUAUGUGCAAUAUUCCAGACUAAAAUAACCAGUUUAAUUGUAGGUGCUUCAACUGCAUUGGUUUUCCUAGUCCUAACUAUCCUGUACAGUAUUAUUAUGAUUGGGGCACAGCGCUUGAUUAACAAACGCCGCAGAGAUGCAAUCCGGAAGCUGCUGGAGAACUUGGAUACGUACAAGAACAUGCAGUUCUCCAGACUGCGUGACAACUACAGCAAUCAGCUUGGUCGAAUCAGGGACCAGUAUCACUUGCAGUUUGGAAGGUUGAGAGAGAACUAUGCUCUUCAAAUGAAGCGGGUUCGUAAGGGAUAUUCUGACAAGGUGGACAGGAUUCGAGACAACUAUACGUUACAAGUUAUAAGACUUAGACAGUACAGUGCUCAUCAAAUAGAGCAAAUACGGGAACUGUACAACAAUCAGCUCCUCAGGAUUCGCGAUUACAGUUCUUUGCAAAUGGGACGAAUGCAUGAGAAGUACAAACUUCAACAGCAACAUGUUAUAAAGUUGUUAGAAACUAUGAACUUGGAUAACUGCAAGAAUUUGAUAGACACCGAGUGCAUGAGAGCUGAAUCAAAGAUAUAUGAAUUAAAUAUUAAUGUUGAUGAUGAUGAACAACCCCUGUCUCCUUUAGAAAGUGAUUCUGAAUAUCAUACAGCAACAAGCUCUGAAAAUUCAAGUCACGAGAAUUUAUGCAUCCCGGUAGCUAUCUGUAUAAAUGAGAACAUCGGUGGAACUGAAGAUGAUUUUUUUUCACAAAUCGUUCAAGUGGAACCUAAAGCAGGACCAGACAGCCCAGUGUUAUUCAUGAAUAAUGGUAUAAAUUGUAUGGAUGAUAUAACUGAAACAAUUGUCUGACAAGUAUGAACGUUUUAAACAGGUGUAUGAGUAUAAUGGAAGCUCCUAUCGUGGUUUCUAGUGCUGUUAAUUGUAGCAAUGCAUACAUUUUACAUAUUUAACUGUCGCAGCACAUGCAUGGUUCACAUUUGUUUUUAAUUAAAAUGCUUUGCUGCAGGAAACUGUUUGGCAAACUAUAAACUUUGUUGUCAUUGUCUGAUUAAAAGUAUUUACCCAGUCCUUUCCAUUAAUUGUCUAUUACCAUGAUACGCCAACUUUUUAACUUUUUUAAAGCACAAUUAAUUUCCAAACUUUCUAAUCCUAGCUUUUAUUUUACCAUUUCAAUGAAUUAUGGGGUGGGUUUUUUCCCCUUUUUUGGGGGUUAUUUUCUUGAUCUUGAAAAUGGUUUGUUAGUCGAUUUAGUAGUCACACCAUAAAAAGUUUAUUUAUUUUAAAAUUUUGUCCACAUGAUCAAAUGAUUAUAUAUGUUAAAUACAUGUAAAAUCUGAACUAGAAAAAUUACUUCUUUAUUUACAAGGUCACCCUGUUAAAUUUAGUGUUUUCACAAUUUGUGCACAAUAGUUUGUUUCUAAACAAUAAAGAGAAAAACAAUGCAAAAUUACAGACUAGUUGCCAUGGUCACAAAUCAGUUUUUUUCCCACUAACGCAGAAACAGUGAUUAUACAUCUUUGGAAAAAGCCAUUCUGCAGACAUUAGUAUGUUAAUCAAACAAAAAAGUCAAUAGUGAUCUGAUUAGCCCACAGAUUUGCAUACACUGCUUCGGGCAAUCUGAAGCAAAUUGUUAUGUACUGUGAAUCACAAUGGAUUUAGUUAGGAAACAAGAAAACUGAACUUGCCCAGUGAUUUAAAGGCAUUAAUAUACAUGUAGUUGUUUUUUAAAUUUAAGUAAUAACAAUUCAUUUGGCUUCUGGUUAAGUCAUCAUGCCAUUUUACUAUUUAAAGUUGUCACAGAAUGCAAUGUUGUUGAUGCCCUUGGUUGUUUGUCAAGUUAUCCCAUACAAGUAAAUCGCUCUGGUUUUCAUGGAAUGGCUCCAAAGCAAACACGCAUGUUACAGUGGAGUGGAUGUUCCUUGGUGGGCCAAUGCCAAUUUGGAAUCAAUAACGUUCCUGCUCCACAUAACAGCCUGUACACACUGUCAUGCUGUAAAACGGGUAUUGUUCUCAGAUGUACAUUUUCCCCGAUUUGGUAAUUACAGCCAAUUCGUGGUGUGUAAUUUCAUCGGUCGCCAAAAUAUUAAAACUAUUUUUUAUUAUGGUUAUUAAUCCAUAUUCUGAUAAAUAGUUAAAUGCAAAAACACACGUCGACUCGACCAAUAACUUGUCAGUGGUGUUUUGUCUGUGGGUGACUGCAUGGCGCAUGUGCAGUGAAUGAAUAUAAUCCUGGACGUAGAUCAAUCUAUUCUUCCAUAAGUAUUAAAUACAGACUAACACUUGUACUAGUAAUCAUGUUUUAAUGGAUAAUUUGUUGGUAUUGAAUUAUACCAUACUGGUAAAUAUAUAGCUUCCAAUAAAGAAUACUGGUACAUGGUUUUUUUUGUGCUGGUGUAUUUUAAAUAAUAUGAAAAAAGUAUGCAUUUUUACUCUGAUAUAUUUUUUAACCACCAACGCAUAUGCAAUGUUUUGUAAAUGAUUACCAAAAUAUCCUGGACUCGAGAACACCCGAUACGUUUUGCAAUUUCAGAACGUAAUUUCAUAAUAUUGUUUUGCUACUGUCAUGUUGAUUUAUUAUUUAUUAAUGAACGCUGGGCCACUAGUUGCAAAGUGAACUCAUCAAAAUCACAAUGAUUGAGUAUAACUGUUGUGAUAGUUGUCAUGUGGUCAGUAGCUUAUAAUGUGUACAAACAAUAAUAGUGACCUAUAUAAUACAUCAAUUGAAUAUGUCGGUGACAUUGUUGUACUUCCAAUGUCAUGUACACGUUGAUUAAAAUAUUUCUUACUCAGCACAGUGUAUAUGUGUUUAAUAUAACAAAAUUCUUACUCAGCACAAGUGUAAUGUAUUUAAUACAACAUAAGUGUAUACUAACAUAAAUGUAUUAAACAUGUGAAACUAAAAGCCAAAGUCACAUAUAUAUUAUAUAAAUUGCUCCUUUUGAUUUGGUGGGAAAAAAACCCACCGGGUUAUAUUCCACAAAAUAUGGUAAAGGUACAUGUUCUGCGAAUAAAUUAGAUCUUAUAAACACUUUGCUUUAAGGUAUCUAUCAGUAAAUCGAAACUUAUCCUGCAUUUAGUUUUUGAAAGCAAAUGAGGUGUUAUGUGGCUUUAUUUAAAUAAAACAUUACUGAUAUUAAAAAAUCAUCCCCAAGUAUUUUCCCUGAGAACUCGCUAUCAACCUAAAUGACUGGCUGAAAUAUGAUUUGGGCCAUUUUAGUAAUUAAAAAACACCUGAGACCAAUAUAAGGAAAAAAGGUCAUCCACUGAUGCAUUAAAUGGCAUGACCACAAGUUUCUGUGACAUACUGCUAGGAUGGUCAAAAGACGAAACAAAAAGGUUCAAUAUCUUGAGGAACUAGGGAAAAAACUAUAUGUGGGACAGAGAUUGAGACCGACAGACAGGACAGAGACAAAAUCUAUAAUCCCCUCUGGUUGGACCAAUAAGGAAUUAAUAAUACCCCUUUACAGUAGUUAUUGCAUUGCUGUUAACAAACGGAGUGAUAUCACAGUGCGAUUAGGUUGUCGAUCAUUAGUGCACAUUAGUUAAACACAUAAAAUUACUUCAAUUUGUUUAUGUGGUCAGUAUAUAAUAUAAAGGAAAGCACGUUGCAGUAAAAUUGAUCCUAACUGCCAUAUUAACUGUUAUUGCUUAGAUCAGGGUAAAGGAAUAAUGGGGUAAUGACAAAUCAAUGAUAUUGUGAGCAUACUGUUGACUUUGAUGACCAAGAAUCCGUCACACUAUGAAGGACAUAAAUUAAGUGGUCUUUGGCUAUGAAAGCCAUUAAAUUGGAAUUUUAAAUUCAUCAGCAUAUAUUGGUCCAUAAUAUCUGAGGUGUGAGAUCAAACUUGUGUGCCCAAGUGCAACUUAAUUUCAUAUCAGGAGUGCUUUUCAUUGUCCAUUUAAAAUAUGUUAGUACUGUUCAAAACAUCUUUUUGUCAGUGUGUAUUUUAUAAUCAACAUGUUUUCUGUAGAACACUAAUCACUUGUUUGGAGUUUAUGAGGCGAGUGAAAAAUCAUUUGCCUAAUAUUUUCAAACGUGACGGACUGAUAUGUAUAUAUGUUUACACAAAAAGGUUCCUCAAUAUCUGGUAUAUGAUAAACUGAUCUAUGAGAUUAUGAAUAGUCAAGCUGAUAUCCAGUAUGAUAAAACUGAUCCAUAUGAUUACAAAUAGUGAAACUGAUAUUUGGUAUAAUAAAACUGGUAUCCGAUAUAAUAAACUAAUCCAUGUGCUUAUAACUAGUCAAGUUGUUAUCCGGUAUGAUACAACUGAUCCAGUGAUUAUAAAUAGUCAAGUUGAUAUCCAGUACAUGAUAAAGUUAUCCAUGUGAUUAUUAAUAGUCAUAUGAUAUCUGGUAUGAUAAACCAAUUUAUGUGAUUAAAAAUAGUCAAGAUGAUAUCCGGUACAUAAAGAGAUCCAUGUGAUUAAGAAUAGUCAAGUCAUUAGUUGGUAAGAUAAACUGAUCCGGAUGCGAUUAUAAAUAGUCAAUAUUCAUUAUACUAAACUAAUCAUGAAUAGUAAAGUUGACAGCUGGUACACUAAAUUGACCAGUUUCAUUAUGUGUAGUCAAGGAUAUCUAGUAUGAUAAACUGAUCCAUGUCAUUACAAAUAUACGUCCAGUAUUAAUGUCGAUAUACACUAAUCCAUGUUAAAUCUGCCAAAUAAAAAAUGAAUGGUAUGUUCACUACUUCUAUCAUCUUCCAAACACUCCCCAAAACCAAAAUAAUUUCUUUGACCAUUUUUUUUUCUCCAAUUUACAUUCAUUUUAAAUGUCAGUACAUGUUCCCACUUUGUAAUGGUACUGAAGUAGUUUCCAAUGUUUAUCACUGCACGAGUUCAAUUCCAAACAAGUUUGAAAAGUGUUUUAUAUAGUAUUUUAGCAAACUUGUUUGAUUCAUUGAGUUAAGUUUUCAAACAUGUUGAUAUUUACUGUUAACAUGGUGAAUCAUUAUGCUUGUGGUGUUAUUAUAUUGUUAUUACACUCUCACUGUACAUAAGUGAUGUUACUAUCUUUGGAUAUUAAGCCUAUUCUGGGUUAGCUCUGGCACUCGCCAAAUUCGCGAAAUCCAAAUUUCAAAAAGAAUUGGCGAAUUGUUUUGUUUUUUCAUUUGGCGAAAUAAUUUUAUGUAAUAAUUGAUAUUUGUUACAAAAUAACUGGGUUUCUGCAAUUUUUGAAGUUUAAUAGAUAAUUUGGCGAAAUGUUCAGCUCACCCAGAGCUAGCCAUGCUUAUUUAAGAUGUAAAUGCCAACAAUUAACAUGUCUAUGGCAUCAUUAUUACUCAUUGUCUGUUUUUGCCACAUGUAAUCUUGUUCAGCUUAUUAAUGUUCUUCCUUUUUUAAAAUUUAAUGCUAUUUUAUUACAUGUAGCUACUGACUUUUAUUACUAGAUUCAUCAAGUUAUUGUGAAAUAAUUUUUUUUUUUUUUUUUUUUUUUAAUAAAACACUUAUCCAAAUAUAACAUGUUUUUUGGUCAUAACCCCACAAUCUUACUCUUAAUCAAUUAUUUUAGCUACAAAUAUGUUGAUUUAUAUGAAGAUAAAUUUAGAAAAACAUACAUGUACAUGUUUACUAGUUACUUGGUGUGUGUAGUAAAUGAAGGCAUGUUGCAACAGCCAAUAAUAAUCAUCCCAUAGCUUAAGCUGGACAAAACGUGUUGUGUUAACAGUUUGGUGAAUUUUGUUUGAACAUUCAAUUUGUCUUUCAAUAUGAAACAAAAUAGAGACUCAUUAAACAUGGAUAUUGUCGAAUAAAAAGUGUUACUGUUAACCGCUUGGUGAAUUUUGUUCGAACAUUCAAUUUGUCUUUCAAUAUGUAUUUUAAUUGUGUUCGAACAUUCAACUUGUCUUUCAAUAUGAAAUAAAACACUCAUUAAAAAUGGAUAUUGUUGAAUGAGGUUUUAAGACAUUUAUUACAUUAGAUUCAACUUCAAACAAUUUUUAUUUGCCCUUCUAUUGAUUAAAACAUGCAUUAUAUUUUUUUUUCUAAUGUGUUAAGUGUUCAUUGCCCUAUUUUUGUUAUUACAAGCAAAUCCCCAAACCCCCAUUCAGUUCUUGUUAAAUGGUUUGCAUUGAAUGAACAAAUACCCCAGACAAAAAAAUAUCUUCAACCCAGUUAGACAGAGUUUCUUUAAAAUGGCAUAUUUAACUUUUUAAGAUGAACAUCUUAAGAAUAUAGAUGUCUGUCAUAUUUUACUUUGUAAUAAGAUGAACACCCUAAGAAUAUACAUGUAAAUAUGACAUAUUUUAUCUUCAAAUUUCAUAAAUUAUUUCCAGUUCAUAAAGGCCCUGAAGCACAUGAUGAACCUCAACUUCACUUGGCACUCGGGGCUUUAGAUAAAAGUCACAUUGUAUCACUGUUCUAGGCUCCACAAAAUUCCAACACUUAACAAGGCUUAUUCAGCUAUUUCUAUGCCUGGGGUUUUAUUGUUUUUGACUCUACUACCUGUUUAUAUUAGUGUCUGCCUGUUUGAUAAUUUAUUCUGUUUUCAUAUUAAUACCUUGCUUCGCUGUCUCAAGUAAAUUUACGGAACUGGCCACAUAUUUUCGAAGCAAUCUUGGUGCUACGAUAUUGUAAAACUGUCGUAAGCUAUUACGUCACAACAACGCAUGCCAUACCCUACAACAGAUUUACAAUGUCAUAGUGCUAAGAUAGCUUUGAAAAUCUGGUCCCAGAUUGUGAUUCCAAGUUGUAUUGAUCUGUCAAUUUCAAGACGAAAUCUAAAUUUAAAUAUGUAAUCUAAAUUGUAAUGAGACUGUCACCUCAACGGUACUCGCAGCCCUGGAUUCAGACAAAGCCAGAUCCAUAUGCAAUUGAAAAGUGUGUUCAUUUUCACUUUUCAUGUAUAUUUUUAUUCUACUAAUUUUGGAUUAUAAAAUUAAUCAAUAUCUGCUUUUCUUUGAUGACAUUUUUGGAUGACCAGUGCACUGUAAUAUAUUAGCAACUAUAUUUGUCUUCAAAUACAUUUUGUUGUUGUUGCAAUACUCAGGAACUCAAAUAGACUAUAGUACUCCACUGUUUUCAUUGUUAACUUAGAUAUUUUCUCUAAUUAGGUCUAAUUUGGUAACACAAGGUGUUCUGAAAUACAAAUGUGGAAAUCAAUGUUACAUGUAUAUACACCAUAUUGAAUGUUAUACACAGAUACUUACAAUUCAUGAGCAGAUAAACUAUUUAAAUCUGUCAUUAUAUUGUCUAGUCUUAUUAUAUUUUCUUGUUAAUGAUAAUUACACAGGUAAGUGAUUGUUAGCAUACUGUAAGAUUGUGUGAAGAAUAAAUAAAUUGAAAAAACUUU